CAUACCCGUCCGCUUCUCCUCCCUCUACAAAUCCCCAUGGGACCCCAGGUCCCCAACCUCUCAAAACGAGCAGAUACAGCUCCUUUCUCUGUUGUUCUUACCUGCUUUUUAUCUUUAUUCCUCACAGUAUUCCUCCAUUAUCUCGUCGGAGAGAGAGAGAGAAUCCCCGGAACCCCACAAUGCGAGAACGCAAAAUGCUGUUCUCUCCUUUCUUCUUCUUCUUCUUCUUCUUCUUCUUCCUGAUUCACUUCUCUCCGACCGUCGCAGAUGAUGGAGCAAUCAUGAAUCAACUCGCCACCACUCUCUAUUCAAUCCCCAAAGACUGGAAAGGCAAUGCAUAUUGUUCAUGGUCGGGCAUUGCCUGUGACAAAUCCAAGAGGGUCACCUCCAUUAGCCUCGCUUCCGAAGGUCUUGGUGGUACCCUUCCCCCAGAUCUCAAUCAACUCUCAGAGCUUCAAACCCUCUCUCUCCAGAACAACAAAAUCUCAGGCGCAUUACCCUCUCUUGCAAACCUUACCAAUCUUCAAGAGGUUUAUGUAGACAACAAUAAUUUCACAUCGAUUCCUCGCACGUUCUUCACUGGGCUCACCAGUUUGCAGAACAUGAGCAUCAGCCAGAAUGAGAAAUUAGAACCCUGGUCCAUCCCCACAGAUCUGGCGGAUUCUUCGAGUUUGGUCGUUUUUUAUGCGAGUAAGGCUAAUGCUAUAGGUACCAUUCCAGAUUUUUUUGGUUCGUUUCCGAAUUUGCAAUCCCUGCGGCUUUCCUACAACAAUCUCACGGGUCCUUUACCCAAAUCCUUAUCAGGAAGUGGGAUUCAGAACCUUUGGCUUAACAAUCAGGUUGUGGGUUUGUCUGGGACUAUUGAUGUUUUAGGAACAAUGACGCAGCUCUCUCAGGUAUGGCUCCAUCAAAAUGCAUUUACGGGUUCGAUUCCUGAUCUUUCGAAAUGCACAUCUUUGGUUGAUCUUCAGCUUCGUGGUAAUCAAUUGACUGGGGUGAUACCCUCUUCGUUAGUGUCUCUAUCUCAAUUAAUGAAUGUAUCUUUGGAUAAUAAUAAAUUCCAAGGUCCUCUCCCUGCUUUCGGAAAUGGAGUUAAAAUUACUCUUGGCACAACCAACAAUUUCUGCAAUUCAAAGCCGGGUCCUUGUUCACCUCAGGUGACGGCAUUGCUUGCUGUUGCAGGAAAACUUGGUUACCCUGAGAAUUUAGCAACUUCUUGGGGAGGGAAUGACCCAUGCCAAGGUUGGACUUUUAUUACUUGUGAUGCACAGAAGAAGAAUGUAACGAUAGUUAACUUUGCAAAACAGAAAUUCACAGGAUCAAUCUCCCCUUCUUUUGCUAACCUCACAUCAUUGAGGAAUUUGUUGUUGAACGACAAUGAUCUCAGUGGCUCGAUACCAUCUGACUUGAUCAACUUGAAUCAGCUCGUUAUUCUUGAUGUUUCCAACAACAACCUUUCUGGACCAGUUCCAGUAUUUCCCAAAGGGGUAACGCUGAAAAUGGCAGGUAACAAGUAUCUUGGGAGCAAUAUAACUUCUGGUCUGGGUGGGGAAGCACCAGAAGAAAGCCCACAAUCCAGUCCAAUUGCAGAUUCACCCACAGGAAGUGGCAAAUCAAGCUCCCCAGGGGCUAAAAAAAGCUCUUCUAUGUCAUCUGGUUUGGUUGCUGGUAUAGUGGUUGCUGCUGUGUUGGUAAUGGUCGUGGCAGUUUUUGUCAUCUACAAAUGUUAUGCUAAGAAACGCAAAGAGAAAAUUGGAUUAGUCCCACUCCCUCAGAAUGAGAAGGAAAUAGGGAAGAAUGGAUCAGUGGGCACUGCAAAUGGAUAUGGUGGGUUUGGAGGUGAAUUACAAAGUCAAAGCAGUGAUAACAGCGACGUCCAGGUCUUUGAUGGUGCACAUGUUACUAUUUCAAUCCAAGUACUCCGAGAGGUGACGAACAACUUCAGUGAAGAUAAUAUAUUGGGUAGAGGAGGAUUCGGAGUUGUCUACAAAGGGGUACUCCAUGAUGGGACACAAAUUGCAGUGAAGAGGAUGGAAUCUACUGCCAUGGGUACAAAGGGUUUGAGUGAAUUUCAGGCAGAGAUUGCUGUCCUUACAAAGGUUAGACAUAGGCAUCUGGUCGCUCUUCUGGGUUUCUGCAUCAAUGGCAGUGAGAGGCUUUUGGUAUAUGAGUAUAUGCCACAGGGGGAUCUGGGGCAGCGUUUGUUUAAUUUGAAUAAAAAUGGGUAUCCCCCACUCACAUGGAAACAGAGAGUUACAAUUGCCCUAGAUGUAGCAAGGGGAGUAGAGUAUCUUCACGGCUUAGCACAGCAGAGUUUCAUCCAUAGAGAUUUAAAGCCAUCGAAUGUACUUCUUGGGGAUGACAUGAGAGCUAAGGUUGCUGAUUUUGGUUUGGUUAAGAAUGCCCCUGAUGGGAAGUACUCAGUUGAGACUCGAUUGGCAGGAACAUUUGGGUAUCUUGCACCUGAAUAUGCUGCUACUGGAAGGGUUACCACGAAAGUUGAUGUUUAUGCGUACGGUGUGGUUUUAAUGGAACUAAUCACGGGUAGAAAGGCACUGGAUGAAAACAUGCCAGAAGAACAUCUUGUAACAUGGUUCCGUAGGGUCCUGAUCAACAAGGAUAACAUUGGAAAAGCUGUUGACCCAGUCCUCAACCCUGAUGAUGAGACCUUGGGGAUCAUUUUGAAGGUGGCGGAGCUUGCAGGUCAUUGCACAGCGCGUGAGCCUUCUCAAAGGCCAGAUAUGGGCCAUGCAGUUAAUAUCUUGGCUCCUCUUGUAGAACAGUGGACACCCAGUUCCCAGAAUGAAGAAGAUGAUUAUGGUAUUGACCUACACUUAAGUCUACCUCAAGUCCUAGAGAGAUGGCAAUCUGAAGGCACCACCAGUAUUGUUGGUGAUUCCUUCUAUAACAGCAGCAGCAUCACGAGUCGUGGGGACACCCAAUCUAGCAUUCCCACGAAACCUUCUGGUUUUAAUGACACAUUCAAUUCAACGGAUUGCCGUUGAUGGGAGAGUGAAAUCAAAUUCUGAGGUGACAGAGAAGACAUGCUUCCACACUGUUUAAUCUGAUGGUUUAUCAAGGAACACAGUGGUUUGUCUAUUUAUUUCUUUUGCUCAACCUUUGUAUAGCCAUCAUGUCAGUUCCUCUCAAGAUCUUUGUUGUUUAAAUCAUAUGGCACGAGAGCUACAUGUUUCUUGUUUUGGAUUCUUUGAUGUAAAGUGCAGAUUGAUUGGUGAGAGUGUGGAUGUAGCAGUUUUAAUGGUAAAAUGGUUUGAACUGUCAAGUGAAGAGAAGAAAUAGAGUAUUAUGAUAAUUCUUUAUUUA